CACGACUCACGGAGCGUUGCACCAAUCCAAGACAGAUACUACUGCAUUAAAUGAGCCACACGCACCUGUACCGCAGAAGCCAAGUUCUCCUCCAGCAGUACUACGCUUUCGGACCCUGCUUGUUUUUAUAAGUUAUCAAGUAGCCAUCUUGGUUGCUGUUAUAAUCCUGUAUUCCUUCGCCUGUCGCUCUCUCUUACAUCAGUCGGCAUUUGUUUAUCAGACAAACGUGACAAUCCUCAGCUACAAGCUUCCGACAAUUGCACCGAUUUCUAUCGUCCCUGUACUUCUUGCUGUAAGCGUAAGCUUAUGGUGGGGUGCUAUUGAUAGUACAUUCCGUCGGCUUCAACCAUUCCUCGCUCUUGUAGAGCAACCUACAGCAUUUGCAAGAGGACCGGCUCUCUCUUAUCAAACGACUUACUGGGCCGCCGCAGCUUUGAAAGCUGUGUAUAACAAACACUGGUUGCUUUCGUUAGUUACUAUUGGAACAUCAUUAUCCCCUGUUCUAACCAUUGCGAUGUCCGCACUCUUCGAGAGUGGAGAAGGUAGCAUGUUGCAGAGCAUGGAAGUAGUACGGAAUCUUGAGUUGCGUACUGUUCCUAUGCUUUGGGUGCUACCAGUCUCCUAUGAUCCCCAUCGUGGUAGAACCGAGGCGUCGGAUGCCAUAAGCAACCUUUAUUCUAACCUGGCCACAAAUUGGCUGUACACUGCUACUAUUCAACUGUCACUUAACGGUCCACAGCCACCGUGGAGUCGAGAAGGCUGGAGUUUCGUGCCUGUUGACCUCUCAGAGCUGCAAAACGCCAGCAUCACAGAAAACUCGGCAGGUUCCUCCGUCAUGCCCACUAUGAACGUUUCUCUGUACACGCCUGCAAUUCGCGCUCGCCUUGAAUGCAACCCGUACGAAGGACUCGACAAUGUAUCAUCAUGGCUAACUCCCUACAAUAUGAGCGACCCCAAGUGGAACGCCGAUAUCAACCCGCAUAAUGGUAGCACAAAUGAUACGGCUGCUAAUAUGGUGCUCGGUUACUGGUCACCACAAAUUGGGGAGCAGCACACUUUCGAUUGGGUAGCGGCCCCGCUAAAUCUCUCGACUAAGUGGUUCUACGGCCAUGAAAGCUCACAAGUUAAAGGCGAUCGGGAUAUUUGGAUCUACGAUGAUGUUCCUAAAGUGGUCGCUUUACACUGCAUUCCAGUCAUUGAGAAAGCUUCUGCCCACGUAACAGUGGAUCGUUGGUCAGGCCGCGUCCAAUCAUAUUCAAUAGAGGACGAGCUACAAAACGCAGGAGAAGCAUGGGCUGAAGUUUUCGCAUGGCAUCGAUCUAUCAAUGAAUUAAUCGAAAACUCCAGCGGGCAUGGGGCAUUGAAGAGCAACAUCACAGUUAGUUACGGCAUUUUGUUCCAGUAUGCUCUAAUCGAGGCCGCACAUCUCAACGUGCUAGGCGGUAUUCCAAUCGGCGUUACAGAAGUUAACUACCCUAUGGGCUGGGGAUCAGAAGACCUCAACGACAACACAUUCAAUUUUCGCGACCGAACCCAAGGCCUCAAUCUCGAUUUCAUGACAUACGCUAUGUACUGCCUUGCAGGAAAGGACCCACAAGCUUUGCUGGAUCCAGCUCUACUGGAGCGCUAUGCACAGACGGCACUUUCAACGUUCUUCCAGCACUUUGUCAGCGGCAAUUUAUCUUCCAGCUCUACCACCGCAACACACAAUGACGAUGUCGGAUCAUGGGCCUAUCAGAUUAUCAACACCACCCUGCCGACAGACAUUGGGGAGGAGUUUUCAAGUGGUCCAGACUCGAUCAGCGCUGAUGCGGGUUCGCACGCGCCGGUCUCGCACACCAACCGCACUGCCAUUGUCACGGUGGAGACACCAAUCGAGCUGCUCAAAAUGAAUGCCGUGGCCGUGUGGCUGAGCAUAUCAGUUCUCGCAUGGCUGAUCGUCACGACCAUAGUCGUCGCCGCACUGCAGAGCCGUUAUUUACGCAAAUUGAACAGGAACAGUAUCGAUUGCAUUGCGGACGUCCUUGUUUUAGUAGUCGGCAGCGAUAAGCUCCUACAGCUCGUAAGGGAAAGGGGGCCAGAGGGGACAAGAGGCGAGAAAGAUGUUAAGGCUAAGCUCGAUUGGUUCGUUAAUAGUAGCGGGCAACGUAGGUGGGGCAUUGAGGUCGUCGAUAGGGAGUAG